AUGGGUAAUCUUAUGGCUAAGCUCAAGGACCUUUUCUCAGGUGAAAGGAAACUUGAGAUGUGUCUUGUUGGUCUGGAGAACAGUGGAAAGACAACAUUGUUAAAUGUACUUUCUGUGGGUCAUCCUAUUGAGACAUUCCCAACUGUAGGCCUUAAUGUGAAGAUGCUGCGUAAACAAGGCGUUCAGUUUAAAGUAUGGGAUCUCGGUGGUCAGGAACGUUUUCGCAGUGAGUGGGGCCGCUAUACACAAGGUUGUGAUUGUAUUAUUUACUGUGUUGAUUCCAGUGAUUUCCAGCGCACAGAACUUGCAAAGCGUGAAUUGCAUAAAUUACUAGAGGAUAAGGCACUACAUGGACUUCCUUUAUUGGUCUGUCUAAACAAGAUUGAUCUGGAGCCGCAUAUGAGUAAGGAGGAAUGUGUACAGUUUCUUAACUUGCAGGCUAUUCACGAGAAUCCAUGGUUGGUUAUUCCAAUUUCCGCUCUACGCCAGAUAAAUAUCAAUGAGGUUGUUGAUUGGUUGGUAAAGAACUCUCAUAAAUGA